AUGUCGCAUUGUGGGUGGAGCUCCACUCUGGAGAGCAUAACGAACGGCGUGCCGAUGAUCUGCUGGCCGUUAUACGCAGAGCAGAGGAUGAACGCGACGCUGCUGGCGGAGGAGUUGAGGGUGGGGGUGAGGCCUAAGAUGUUGCCGGCGAAGAAGGUGGUGGGAAGGGAGGAGAUAGCGAGCAUGUUGAGGGAGAUAAUGGAGGGGAAGCCUAACCAUAUACGGGAGAGAGUGAGAGAGGUGAAGGAGAGUGCAGCAAAAGCAAUUUUGUCUCGCACUGUGCUCGACCACCUGGCCAAACUGUGGUGCGCAAGGCCAGCUGAGUGUGACCCCCAGCAGUUAACGUCUUCCUCUGUUUCUGGUGUAUCGUCAAAUCUCCUGUCACAGAGGACGCAAGCAUAAUUUGUCCUUGUCUUGCUAUGUCACGGGUAAGCCUCGGCUUUGGCUUUCUUUUUAAAAUAUAAAUAUAUAUAUUUCAGCUUCCUUGUUUAAUUAGCUUGCUUAAUUAUCUCUUUGACUGCAUAUAGUUUAGAUUAUCUCAUGUUGCGUCAUCUCUUCUGUGUUAAUUCCCACUGCAUCAACUGUCAACAGGCUCGUCAUUAAUCAGUGAGAUCCCAUGUACUCUAUAUUUAACCCUCUCUGCAAUGUUUUGAACGGCACGGAUAUCAAAUGGAAAAUAUAAACGGGCCAUGGUUAAACUAGUGACGUAAUAGUUUGUGAGGAAA